AGUGAUAGCAGGCUGCCGUGUUCCGGAGCACAUGCAGAUGUCAGCUUUGGCGCUGCCGCCCGCCCGGCCCCGCUCCGCGCUCCCCAGCUCGGCAGCUCCCGCAGGUUUCUCCAAUACCUCCCACUGAAAAGGGUCCUCCACUUUUCUGAAGGGAUACUCACAGAAGUUAAUUAUAAAAGAAAACUUUCAGCAAGAUAAAUGACUAAAGGUAACGGAGAAGAUCCAAAACCUGGAAGUAGGAUGGAACGAAUUCAACAAGGAGUCCGGAAACGUACACUUUUGGCAAAAAAAAAAGUGCAGAGCAUAACAAAGGACGAUGUUAAAAGUUAUUUAAUGAGGAAUGCCUUUGUGCUCUUCACCGUUGUUGCUGUGAUUCUUGGUGUAAUCCUGGGAUUUUCUCUUCGAUCAUAUAAGAUGAGUUAUCGGGAAGUGAAGUACUUUUCGUUUCCAGGAGAGCUACUCAUGAGAAUGCUGCAGAUGCUGGUCCUGCCUCUAAUUGUAUCCAGUUUAGUCACAGGAAUUGCUGCCCUGGAUAGUAAAGCCUCAGGGAAGAUGGGAGUCCGAGCUGUAGUCUACUACAUGAGCACUACAAUCAUUGCUGUACUGAUUGGCAUAAUCAUUGUGGUCAUCAUCCAUCCCGGGAAAGGUACGAAGGAAAACAUGCACAGAGAAGGCAAAAUUGUGCAAGUGACAGCAGCAGAUGCCUUCCUUGAUUUAAUCAGAAAUAUGUUCCCUCCAAAUCUGGUGGAAGCUUGCUUUAAACAGUUCAAAACCAACUAUGAAAAGAGAAAGUUUAAAGUAGCUAUUCCAUCCAAUGGCACAUCCACUGUGACUUCCAUAAUAAGCAACGUGUCAGAAGCUAUGGAAGCUCUCACCCGAAUGAGAGAGGAAAUAGUUCCUGUUCCAGGCUCUGUGAAUGGAGUGAAUGCCCUUGGUUUGGUGGUGUUCUCAAUAAGCUUUGGCCUGGUGAUUGGGAGCAUGAGGGAGCAAGGUCAGGCAUUGAAAGACUUCUUUGAUAGCCUUAAUGAGGCUAUCAUGAGAUUGGUAGCUCUAAUCAUGUGGUACGCUCCACUUGGAAUUCUCUUCUUGAUUGCUGGGAAAAUUGUUGAGAUGGAAGAUAUGGGUGUGAUUGGUGGUCAGCUUGCCAUGUACACCGUAACAGUUAUCAUUGGUUUGCUAAUUCAUGCUGUCAUUGUCCUACCUCUUCUCUACUUCGUGAUCACUCGUAAGAACCCAUGGGUAUUUAUUGGAGGCUUAAUCCAGGCAUUAGUCACAGCUUUGGGAACAUCUUCCAGUUCUGCAACACUACCUGUUACAUUUAAGUGUCUAGAAGAAAUAAAUGGAGUGGACAAAAGAGUUACAAGAUUUGUACUGCCAGUUGGUGCUACAAUUAAUAUGGAUGGAACUGCUUUGUAUGAGGCUUUGGCUGCAAUUUUCAUUGCACAGGUCAACAACUUUGAUCUGAACUUUGGGCAGAUUAUCACAAUCAGCAUCACUGCUACAGCUGCCAGUAUUGGGGCUGCAGGCAUUCCUCAGGCUGGGCUGGUCACCAUGGUCAUUGUGCUCACAUCAGUAGGUUUGCCCACAGAUGAUAUCACUCUUAUCAUUGCAGUGGACUGGUUCUUGGAUCGUCUCCGUACCACUACCAACGUCUUGGGAGACUCCAUCGGAGCAGGAAUUGUUGAACAUUUAUCACGGCAUGAGCUGAAGAACAGGGAUGCUGAGAUGGGCAAUUCUGUGAUAGAGGAGAAUGAAAUGAAGAAACCAUACCAACUGAUCUCACAAGAAAAUGAGAAUGAGAAACCAAUAGAUAGUGAAACCAAGAUGUAGGCUAGAGAAAGCGUGAGUUCAACACUGCAAGUGUGGGAAAACACACACUUUUUCCGGCGAUUUAUAUCUUGAAUUCACCAACUUCAUCUACUCCUUGAUUUCUCCCUUUAUGCUCGCACUGGAAAGAAUUAAUGAAAAUAUAUUCCAAACUAGCAGCGAUCAUGGUAUAUGUUGGCUUCCCACCUAAAAAAAAAUUAACAGGCAACAACACUGGUCCUGCUAGACAUAUGCUAACUGGGGAUAAAAAAAAGAGAUUGUGUAUAUGUUACUCAGUCCUGUGAAUCUUUUUUUUUAUGAACUGGAAAGUAAAAACAGAUAACAGAGCCUGAGAAAAUGGUUUUAUUUUUUUAAAUACCUGCUGAGAAAUUCCUAACAUCUAUAAACACACAAUCAACACUUCUAACUUGAUAACUGCAUCCAGCUAAGUAAAUUAACAGGACUUUUGCUAUUUUAUCUGAUUUUUUUUUUCUCUAGUGUUAUAUUAUUGUUCAAAUACUAGCAAGACAAUAAAAAGCAGGAGAUUAAUUGAGGGGAUAAAAGGGGGAAGAUAUAUAAAUAAAGAAAAGAAUAUACCCCCAAAUCAGCACUUUUACCAGCUGAGAUGAAAUAUUUCUGAGAAAGUUAUUUUAUCUAGACAGUUUUUCAAAUUAGAUUCAGUUGACCUUUAUAAAAAUUUAGCCUAGUUGGCUCCUACUGACUCCAAACAUUUACAUAUGCAUGUAUGUACUUCCAAUCUGGAUUUGCUCCCUUAAUUUCAACAUCACAACCCAGUUAAUCUGUGUAUGUGUUUGUAGGAGCAAAGCCCUGGUCUGAGACAGAAAAUGUGUCUUCAUCUCUGUUUGGAUAAAAAAAUUUGCACGCUCUGGAUGCACUAAUGAGCUACUAAAUAAGCAAUUAUAAGCAGGCGAUGCCAGCCUUCUACAGAAGGUGCAGAGGGUGAGAUGUUCAGAUCCUAAAUGGGUGGCAUUCUGAAUCUGAAUUCCUGAGACCAGCAAAGGUUUUCUGAUUGGAAACCUCCCAAAUUCUUGAUCCACUGAUAAAUUAUAAAGGUAUAAACUGGAUUUACAUUUUGCCAUCUGGAGAAGGCUCCCUAUCUUAAUGUGAAAUUUUUAAUUCCUAGAUAGUUUACCAGUAGCACCUGAAAAAGAAGAUAAAAGCCUUUAGAAAAUAAAAUUAAUAGGUGUUUUGCAUUUUUAUUAGGAAAAGAUAUGCCAAUUGAAAAAUAGUAAAACUAUAAUAUAUGUUGAAGUUUUAAUUAGAAAGGAUUGUAAAAUGAGGUAUUGUAACCAAUUUUCAGGGAAUAGAUAAGGAAAGAAUGAAAAAAAGAAAAACAAUGCACUUGUAAUACAUUGGUUUUUUUGUUAAAAAUUUUUCCCUGAAGAAGCCCUUUUCUAGAAAUAUUAAUUAUGUACUUUUUCCUCUUUGUCUUGUAUUAUUGGAGAGGUUAAACCAGAAAGUUUUGUAAUGCAGAUGCAGUUGGGAGAAAGUAAAAAUAUUAAUGGACAGGCACAAUAAUGUUCAAUGUUCUGUUUAAUUGAAAUAUUCAGUUUUAUCCUUUAUUCCUCCCCUUGCCAAAAAAAUUCUGAUGACAGAAAUGAAGGAGCCCUUUGUAUUGUCCCAGCUGCCUUUCAAAAAACAUUCAAUAUGUCGCAUCUGUCACUUAAAGUCCAUAAAAAGAGUGUAAAAGUAACUUUUGUGAAAACAGCAUGCUGGUCAAAGACAAACCUUUUCCCAGGCAAGAUUGGUUUUUUGGGACUGAAAAUUCCUGUCAAUCUUCUCCAGUUGAGUAAUUCAGAAAAUAUGAGCAAGAACUCUCAAGUGAAUGAAGUGAGCAGGGUUUAAUAUAGGUUACUGAGCGUCAAACCAAGAAAGCUCUAAAUGACUUUGAAAUGAACAACUGAAAGAAAAUAUGGGUUGUUUUUAUGUUUUUGGUUUGUCUUUUUUUUUGCUAACAGAAUGCAAACCUAGGGUACAGACAGGCAUUUUCUUAUAUAUAAUUAGAGAUAUUUUUAUAUAGAUACUGUAUUCAGAAUGUGUGUAUAAACAUUAACUGUAGAAUUUAUGGCAUAACAUUUUAAAAUUUUGUUAAGAUUUUGUUUGGAAAUACAUUGCAAAGACAAUGUAAAAGGCUGUCUUUCUAUGACAUCAGCUGAGAAAAAUGAAUUGUGUCACAAAGAAUGUGAUCUUUUUUAUACUAACUUUGUUUCUUAUGGAAAUCGGGUAUUAUAGAAAGAUUCCUUUCCCAUCCCUCACUGGUUCUGCAUUGGUAUGCACCCAGGGUGGAUUGAGAAACAUUACUUUGUAGAUGUAUUUUCAAUAAAAAUAGUUUUACAUUA